AUGGACUCACCUGGCGUGCCCCUUUACAGAACCCUCUUGCUGAAGAUACAGCGACCUGACAGCAGCAUUCUAAGCACAGAGGAGAAAGAGCUUUUGUAUGUCACGCCAGACGGCUUCAUCGGCGGAACAGGCCCUAUGUCCUCCUAUUUGAUGCAACGGGACAUGAUGGACGAGCGGGCUGAAAUCAUCCAUUACUCUGCUCAGCCGGUUUGUCAACACGUCUGGAACUUCCAGACCAAGUCUGGCAGCUUUCGAGUGAUGUUCACGUCGCAAUGGCAAGAGUUUGCCCGGUUACACAAGUACAUAUCCCGUGAAGGGUCUCGAUACAUGGCAACCACCUGUUUCCCUCAAACACCUGGGGAAGUAAUUGUCCAAAUGUUUCCUUCUGGCCGCAUAGUAGGCAGAGCCGCUCAAACGUGGUUCAGCCACCGGGACUCACCCAUUUUAUGCUCGAUUGAUACCGGGAUCGAAGAACACGACCGAAUCGUUAUUUUCAGACCGCAAAACCAGAAACUGGCGACAGUGUUAUCUCAGGCAUUGCCAGUCGCAACGACUGCUUCACUUGACUUAGCUGCGCAGACGAACUUAUGUCCCGUCACCAAGUCUGAUUAUCCAAAUUUUAUGUCAUCGGAGGAACGACCCUGGAUGCAGUUGCAAGAAGACCGUGGUCUCGAGAACACGCCACAUUUAGCGACGACUACCGGUGAUUCUUGCGAGUCAUGCACUGUAGCCGGCAACCAAAUCCUCGACGGUGCCGAUUCUUCUGCGGAAGCAAGAGAGCAGCGUUGUAUACGCCCGCUCGGAUCACGCACGCAACACGAUCCUCAAGAACGUGAUCUGAACUUCAGUCCUGCGGCAUCAGAACAGCAUCCAGGCAUUGGUCAUCCGCAAAGCUCCCCGUGUCGAGAGUAUGCCGCGGAUGAUAGGUGCAUCGUUGUCAGGCCUUGGCAGUGA